GCUGGGGGUCGGCCAGGAGGGGCCUGGGAGCGGCGUCCAGCUCCCGCCAGGCUCAGGAGUAGACACGGACCGCCGGGCUGCAGGCCUCGCUCGCCCGAGCCUGUAGGGCUAAGGGACCGCGCCCGCCUUCCAGGAGUGGCCAGUGUUUCCGUCCUUGACACCUUGCCCGGCGUACAGGCCCCCAGGCCCAGCCUCGCCUGCCCCUGUGCGGAGACCCUCGGGCCGUGUCCAUCCUGGGCAAAGCAGGAGGGUCAGACGCGGCCCCCUCUCGGGCUCCGAUGCUUUGGCCGUGCCCGGAACCCCAGUCUCCCGGCCCCGGUUUCCGGCCGGCGGAAGCGCUCAGCGGCCCGGGCCCACGGAAGCGGCCUCGGAGGGCGGGACGGGACCGGACCGGAAAUGGCGCCGCCAGCGGGCGGUGCGGCGGUCCCGGACCCGGGCUCGGCUGCGGUGCUCCUGGCCGUGCACGCCGCGGUGAGGCCGCUGGGCGCGGGGCCGGACGCCGAGGCGCAGCCUCGGAGGCUGCAGCUGAGCGCGGACCCCGAGCGGCCCGGGCGCUUCCGGCUGGAGCUGCUGGGCGCGGGGCCCGGGGCGGUCAAUUUGGAGUGGCCCUUGGAGUCAGUCUCCUACACCGUCCGAGGCCCCAGCCAGCAUGAGUUGCAGCCUCCACCUGGAGGGCCUGGGACCCUCAGCCUGCACUUCCCCAAUCCUCAGGAAGCUCAGCGGUGGGCAGCCCUGGUCCAAAGUGCCGCCGUGGAGGGACAGAAUGGCAGUUACAGCCUGCCGCCAGCCCUGGGCCCAGAAACGUGCCCUGUUUCUCCACCCAGUCCCCCUCCACCCAGUCCCCCUGAAGUGCCCACAGCCAAGGUCCCCCAAUCCAAGGUGGAUCUGCCCUGGAGCCCUGGAGCCUUGAUGGAGAAAGAAGAGCUGGUGGGGCGCCUGGCCCGGGCCAUCGAGGGUGGGGAUAAGAAGGGGGCAGCCCAAGCAGCAGCCGUCCUGGCCCAGCAUCACGUGGCCCUCAGCGUCCAACUCCAGGAGGCCUGCUUCCCUCCUGGCCCCAUCAGGCUACAGGUCACAGUUGAAGAUGCUGCGUCCUCUGCUCACGUCUCCCUGCAGGUGCACCCCCACUGCACCAUCGCAGCCCUCCAGGAGCAGGUGUUCUCGGAGUUUGGCUUCCCGCCAGCUGUGCAGCGCUGGGUCAUUGGGCGGUGUCUGUGUGCACCCGAGUGCAGCCUCGCUUCCUAUGGGAUCCAGCAGGACGGGGACCCUGCUUUCCUCUACCUGCUUUCAGCCCCUCGAGAAUCCCCAGGUUGCAGCCCUCAGCACCCCCAGAAGUUGGAUGGAGAACUAGGCCGCCUGUUUCCUCAGUCAUUGGGGCUGCCUCGAGCCCCUCAGCCAGCCAGCUCCAGCCUCCCCAGCCCCCUUCAGCCCGGCUGGUCCUGCCCUUCCUGCACCUUCAUCAAUGCCCCAAGCAGACCUGGCUGUGAGAUGUGUAGCACCCAUAGGCCCUGCGCUUGGGACCCCCUUCCCGCAGCCUCCACCCAGCAGCCACCAAAGGUCACGAGGAGAGAGGACGGCCCUUCCCUUCCAGGCCCGAGGUCCCUGGAUCCCCUCCUGAACCUCUCAGGGGACCUCUGCUGACUGCUCACUUGGGACAGAGCCAGGGUUGGGGGAGGGACCAUCAGGCAGAGUCAUUAAAGACACUUCUGAGCCAGCCAGA